AUGACAGCCUACAUCCCUCGUCUCAGUUCCAUACCCUACGAUGUCUUCGCCAACCCGGCAGCGUCGGUCCUACUGCCCAUUGCCUUAGGAACUACAGUAGGGUUCAGUUCUCGACCAAAAUCUACGCAAAGAACAUAUCUAGCGAUGAAGCAGCCGCCUCUGCGUCCUCCGCCACAAGUUUUCGGCCCCGUCUGGACGCUCCUCUACGGGCUGAUGGGCUACGCAGCUCACCGGGCCAUCACCAGGAGCCCCCCUCUCCUAGCGUCCACUGACAAGAUGAGGACGCUUUAUUCUGUGCAGCUUGGCUUAAACAUCCUAUGGAUGCCUCUGUUCUUCGGGCUGCGGAAACCGGUUCUCGCAUUGGCCGACAUCGUGUCACUGAUCAGUCUCAAUGGCUACCUGACGUAUCUGUACUUCUCCGUUGACAGUAUAUCGGGAUGGUGUCAGGUGCCCUAUAUGGUCUGGCUAGGGUUUGCAACGUAUCUGACAGCUGGCGUGGGAUACUUGAACAACUGGGAUAUUUCGGAAUCUUCGUUAGAGAAGAGGCUAUAA